AUGAAGACUGCCUGCGCCGUUGGUGACCUUCCGCAAUUCAAGUCAGCCUUCGAAACGUGGACUUCUCUCGGUCUGGAUAUACACGAUCUUGACUCAGUAAUGAUCCAGGCUGUCAGACAGGAUCAGAAUGAUGUUGUCGUUGAAUUAUUGCACAAGGAGCUGUCAAUAAACCAAGAUUAUCCAACAAGCGAGCUGAGGCCCCCUGCACUCGGUUAUGCAGUGGACGACGAUGAGAUGGCUCUUUGGCUUCUUGAUUACGGAGCCGACCCAAACAAGCAGUGUUCUAUUGAUCUUACUCCAUUGUCCUACGCGGUAGAACAAGCUUCCCUCCCCACCGUCAAACAGCUUCUAGAUCAUACUAUCGAGGUGCUGGGCAUGCUUCUAGAGCGAGGCUCUCCUUUGAAUUCAAAGAUGUACGAGAAACACUAUCCUUCAAGGAGACUAUUCUACUUUAUGGGCUUGGAAACCGCUGUGCACAAAGCAGCUGAGUUGGGGAAAGCGGAUGUUGUGCGCUAUCUACUCGAACAAGGCGCUGACGUCGGUAUCAUAGAUGCCAUUAACCGAACUGCGAUGGACUGGGCUGUAUUAAACAACCAUCAAGAGGUUGUAGGACUACUCCAGUGUGUGGAGAGAGGACAUCGUGCAAAAGAGGCAAAUCGUAGAUACAAAGAUAGUUUGUGGGAAUGA